CUUUUUGACACAUAAAGUACCACUCCUCAUAAUUAUUAGCAGAAACAAUGAGCAUCACUAAAGCUGUAAUGGAUCUUGAAGUAGAUGACGAUGGCAGAAUCAAGAGAACUGGUAAUAUGUGGACUGCUACAACACAUAUAAUAACAGUGGUAAUUGGAGCAGGAGUGUUGGCUUUAGCAUGGGCCAUGGCCCAAUUAGGAUGGAUAGCUGGUAUAUUCAGUGUAGUGCUUUUUGCAUCUAUAUCUCUCUUUACUUACAAUCUUGUAGCCGAUUGCUAUAGAUCUCCAGACCCAAUCAAUGGAAAACGAAAUUAUACUUACAUGCAAGCUGUUAAGGUCUACUUAGGUGGAAGGAUGUAUGUGAUUUGUGGAAUAUUUGUGUAUGCAAAGCUAGCUGGAAUAACAGUGGGCUACACAAUAACUUCAUCUAGAAGUUUGGCAGCAAUAGGAAAAACAGUUUGCUUCCGUAAUAAAGGACAUCAAGCAAACUGCACAAGUUCUUAUAAUCCAUACAUGAUUGGUUUUGGGAUAUUUCAGCUUUUCUUGUCUCAAAUUCCAAACUUUCACACAUUGACAUGGCUCUCAUCAAUUGCCGCAAUUACAUCAUUUGGUUAUGUAUUAAUUGCAAUUGGUCUUUCUUUUUCUGCACUUAUUUCAGGAAAAGGUGCACCAACCAGCAUAUUUGGAACAAAAGUAGGGCCAGAAUUAUCUGCUGCAGAUAAAAUUUGGAGGACUUGUAGUUCAUUCGGAAACAUAGCACUUGCUUGCAAUUAUGCCACGGUUAUCUACGACAUAAUGGAUACAUUAAGGUCAACUCCAUCAGAAAGCAAACAAAUGAAAAAGGCUAACUUAACGGGGCUUUCAACAAUGACAAUAAUAUUCCUAUUAUGUAGUUGUCUUGGCUAUGCCGCUUUUGGUGAUAAAACACCGGGAAACAUUUUUGCUGGAUUUUAUGAACCUUACUGGUUGGUUGCAAUUGGAGAAAUGUGUAUAGUUAUCCACAUGGUUGGAGCAUAUCAGGUUAGAUAAAUAAUAAUCUAGUUUAAUAAUUAAAUAUAUUU